UGGAGGGGGAGACAGAGGGAGGCAGACAGAAAGUGGGCUGUGGACUGGAUCAGUGCGAGGUGGGUGGGCACAGACUCGCUCUCUCCCUCUCCCUCUCUCUCUCCCUCCCUCUGUACCGUAUAAGUACAGAUGUGUGAUGGAGAGAGACCCCAUCAUACCGCAGUUCGCUUUUUACGUAGUGGAGGAGAUGAGCGCUCGGAUAGCGAGAUCCAACCCGGCCAUGAAACUGAUCGUGCUCUUCACAGCUUCUCUUUCCUGGGCCUUCCAGCAACAGGAAGUUCUGCCUAAGUACCAGCACCGCGACCCGGUGACGUCCGAAUUCCUCCUGUGCGACCAGUGUCCCCCCGGCACGGCCGUGAGGAGACACUGCACCGCCGACAUGCCCACAGAGUGCCAACCCUGUCCCGAGAGGCACUUUGCUGAGAACUGGCACUGGGGGGAUACGUGUCAAUACUGCACCUCGGUGUGUAAGGAGAGGCAGCUCGUGAGGCAGCAGUGCAACAGCACCCAUGACCAGAUGUGUUCGUGUGCCCCAGGUUUCCACCUAGUGGUGGAGUUCUGCAUCACACACAGUACCUGUCCACCUGGCUACGGAGUGACAGCUUUAGGUACACCAGUGAGCGACACCGUGUGUGAGCCCUGUCCGCCUGGUCAUUUCUCCGCCGGCAGCUCGGCCACUGAGACGUGUCAGCGCCACAGAAACUGCUCGGAGUUGGGCCUGAAGACGCUGAGGUGGGGCACGUCCACUUCAGACAGCCUCUGCGGCAGCCAGGACAAGGCGGCAACACUGGAGUGCUCCCAGCAUCACACUCUGUGCCACACUGAUGUGACUCUGUGUGAAGAGGCGGUGUUCCAGUCUCUCGCCUCGCUGCAGCUGUCCUCGGUGCCCCUGGAGCGGCUGUUGGAGAGUCUCCCGGGCCGGAGGGUGGAGCGUAAGAGCCUGGAGAGGCUGAAGAAGGCCUGCUCCCCUCACCAGCAGGUCCUCCACCUGCUGCGACUGUGGAGGGAGCAGAACAAGGACCAGGACAAGCUGUACGGCAUCAUACGAGGUGUGAACCACUGUGAGAGGAAGGUCUCUCGCUGCAACAGCCUGAAGAACCUGACCCUGGACGACCUCCUGCAGGUCACCAACAGCCUGCCGGGGGUGAGGGUUCAGCAGGAGGACGUCCAGGCUGUGGUCUCGACCUGCCGGCCCAGGCAGUACAUCCUGCAGCUUCUUCACCUCUGGAAGACGGCGAACUACGACCUGGAUCUAGCCAAAGGCCUGUCUCACAGUCUGAGGGUGCUGCGCAGCCAGGUGACGCCGCGCUACCUGCUGAAGGGCCUGAAGAAGAUCAGCCGCAUCAUAGGAACCACCUCAGCGCACAAGUUGUAUGAGAAGAUGUUUGUCAGUAUGCUGCAGGACGAGUUGUGUUUAAAGGGCCAUAAGCCUUUAAAUGAAUAAGGAAGCAGGUACAAACAGGAAUAUAUGCAGAACACACACACACACACACACACACACACACACACACACACACACACACACACACACACACACACACUCACUGAACCUGGGGCAUAAAGGUAUGUGAAAGAGUAACAGCCAUGGGUCACAUGAUAAUUUCAGGUCUUCAAGAUAUCACCAAAUGAUAUCAAGCUAUACACAGAGUGCCAAGAGGUAUUUCGUCAAAAAAGAAAAGUGGAAAGAUAAACUCUUCUUCCUGUCACUGGUGUUCUAUGAAAUUAUUAUUGAUUAUAUGAGGUGACACAUGAUAAUAAAAACUACAGUAAAAAGUAAAAACUUCUAUCUAUAUAAAGUAUCCGUCUGCAGUUAUAAAUUGAAUUAGAAUUGAUAUAAUAUAGAAAACCUAUUUGACAUCUGUGUACUCAAGGCAGACUAAAUCAAAAAGUAAAAAAAAAGAAAAACUCCUGGAAACCUUUUGACCAGAGUCUGUGAAAAAAAAGAAACUAUUUAAGAUGUAAAUAGCAAACUGUUUUAUGGAAGAUGGGCUGUUUUUAUUAUUGUUGCUUUCUCGCUGUUUGAGAGGAAGGAUUUGGUUUCAUAAUGAAAUACAUGUAAUUUUCUACAGUUUCGCUUUGUUUGUUUGUUGGUGUGUUCUGGACUGCUGGCAAGUAAAGCUCGUCUGAAUUUUUUAUUUUUAAAUUGUCAGCUUUAUGAAUGUACAAAGGAGUGCAAUUGUUUUCUAUUUAAAAAAAAAUGUAGUUUCUGAACAUGUAAAAGCUUGUUUUUUUAUUACUUCAUCAGAAAUACUGGAUUCCAAAUGCUGCAAGUUCCUGAAGUGAUAUUUGUUUUAUAUUUUGUUUUAUCACUUUUAUAUUGUUAAUUGUAUGAUCUUUAUUGUAUAUAUGCUUGACUGGUUCUCUUUAAGCUCGUGUAACUUGUGAACACUAAUGUCAAAUGAUCUGAUUAAAAUCAGUUUGUAAAAAAAUACAUAUAAUAUUGUCUCUGA